AUGGGCCGUUGCUCGUUCAGACGCACGUUUACGCAGCCCCCGGGGCGGCCGCGCUCCCCUCGUUCGGCCACCCGAAAACCGCCCCAAGGGCUGAAUACUUACGGCACAGAAUCGCCGAAUGGGUACGACACGGAAGAGGACUCCCGAAGAGAGGAGCUCACACUCAGACAACACGACGGCGCUGCGUCUCCGGCGACGGACAAAAGGGAAUUAGUAAUUGGAUUCCACAUCUGCUCAGUUUUAAUUACGUACACGGAUUUGUUA